AUGGAUGACUACGGGUUCAAGAAAUGGUGUGUGUUUAUAGGGUUGAUUUGGGGAAAUAUGAUUAGGGCACAUCAAGUGCCAUGUUUCUUCAUAUUCGGUGAUUCUUUGGUCGAUAACGGCAAUAACAAUGGAAUUCUGUCGUUAGCCAAGGCUAACUACUUCCCUUAUGGAAUUGAUUUCCCGGGGGGGCACACCGGUAGAUUUUGUAACGGAAAAUCUACCGUUGAUGUCAUAGCGGAGUGUUUGGGGUUCUCGGAGUACAUACCGGCUUACGCUUAUGCAACGGACCAAGACAUUAUCCGAGGAGUGAAUUACGCAUCGGCUGCCGCGGGAAUUAGAGAUGAAACCGGGCAGCAUUUGGGGGAACGUUUUAGCUUUAGAAUGCAACUACAUAAUCACAAAAACGUAGUGUCACGAAUCAAGAAAUUACUAGGGAGUAAAGCGGACGCUUUCGAGCACCUGGCCAAAUGUAUAUAUUCGGUCGGAUUGGGCAGCAACGAUUACCUUAACAACUAUUUCGUCCCUCAAAGCUACUCGACCGCUCGGGAUUAUUCCCCGGAGCAAUAUGCUGAGGCUCUCAUUAAACACUACUUUCAUCAAAUCAAGACAUUGUACAAGCAUGGAGCACGAAAGGUGGUCGUGACUGGGAUUGGGCAGAUCGGAUGCAGCCCACAUGCUUUGGCGUAUAUGAGCGAAGAUGGUCGGACCUGUGUCCAAACCGUAGACAUAGAUGUUCAAUUAUUCAACACGAAGCUUAAGAAAAUGAUCGAGGACUUGAAUAACGAAUUUCUUGAUGCCAAAUUCAUCUAUGUCAACGCCUAUGAUAUAUUCGGGGACUUGCUCAAGCGUGCUCAAGAUUACGGUUUCGAGGUUACGAAUGUCGGGUGUUGUGGUGUCGGGAGAAAUCACGGUCAAAUAUCAUGUUUGCCUAUGGAAACGCCGUGCCAAAAUAGAAGCAAGUUUGUAUUCUGGGAUGCAUUUCAUCCGAGUGAAGCUGCGAAUGUAAUUGUCGGGCUCAGAUCGUACAAAGCAGAAUCCGAAUCCGAUGUGUACCCGAUGGAUAUUUAUCAUCUGGCUGAUCUACACAUUGGUGAAUGA